AUGCACGAUUUCUCAGUGGUUACUGCGAGACUGCUGGAGGUUGUCAAGGCUGUCCUAUGUUGGGAUUGGGAAGCAAGGCUUGGGUGUGAGCUUGCCGUUACGCUUGGAUUGGUCUGUUUCGGAGAGUGGGCGCCGUUAUUAACGAUCAAAUUGCAACACGGUGUGACAAUGUUUUUCCCGAUGAUAUACCGUACCUCGAAAAUACGCCAAGGCUGUCUCGGAGGUCUUGCCGUCUUAGAUAUACUUUGCGACGUGGACCGAGACGGACUGGCGUUUAAGUUUCUGUGAAUAUGGUUGGGGUACAAAGGCUACGAGCGUUAUGUUUUAUUCGAGCCUGUUCACCCUAUGCAUAAGGGACAUUACAUGCCGAUCUUCGAUCUGCUAUCCGAUUCUCUCAAUGCUGCCACAGACAAGACCGAACGCUAGAGGUGUUUCGAGCUUCUGGCAAGUACUUCGGAGGAAGCGAAUGUGAGACGGAGAACGAAACGGAUGAAACCAUG